UUCCUGAGCACAGUCACUGCUCUGUGAGAGAGAGAGAGAGAGAGAGACAGACAGAGAAAGAGAGAUAAUGAGUGAGUGGGAGGAGGAAGUGAAUGAGUAAGAGGAGGGAGAUUCAGAGGAGGGAAAGUGAAUAUGGUAGGGUAAAAGAGAGAGCAAAAUAGAGAAAGAGAAAGAGAGAGAGAGAGAGAGAGAAAGAGAGAGAGAGAGAGAAAACGUGGGGGAGAGACAGACAGACCACGGAAUGCUGUGAUGUCAUACAGUCGUUUACAGAAGAACAAGGAUUCGUCCAGGCUUGCACUCCAGGGCGACUAGACUCCAGCCUUGCUGAGGACUACGCUUCCACUGCCCAUUCAGAACUGUAGAUUUCCAGCUGACGGCCGGCAUGUGUGGAGGUCCAGCCUAGGGGGAACAUGGUCAGCGGUACAGACGGGAGAUAGAGGGAGCUUUUGUCUGGGCCUAGAACCUCCUCUUGUGGGGCUCUCCCUCCCUCCCCCCUCUCUCUGUCUUGCCUUCCUUCUUCAUUUGAAAAGUCAAAACUUCCUCGGAAGAUCUUCUGCGUGUGGUCAGAGAGGCAAUCAGGAGGAACAGACCCCCCUGCGCUUACACACAGAACCCAGCCCCCCACUCCGAACCCUGAAAAUGCUGCAGCAGAUUUUAAAGGACAUGUACAUCGACCCGGAUGUGCUGGAGGCGCUGAACGAGGAGCAGAAGAAGACCCUCUUCCUCAAGAUGAGGCAGGAGCAAGUGAGGAGGUGGAAGGAGCGGGAGGAGAAGAUGGACAGGGAGGGAGGCCUGGGCGGCCGCCCCAAACCCAGAAAAGCCCAUUGCAAGAGUGUCAGCUGGCUCCUGGGUCGAGAUGGAGAUGUACACGUCUGUGUUAUUGGAGAAGUGGACGAAUUCAAGGCUUCCAAACUGAUCUACCCUGGACUAGGGGAACGCAAAGGUUCAAGCGUUCACAAAAACCCGUGGUGCCAGAGUGACAUCCUGAAGGGCAAUCUGGUGAAGCAAACAUCCCCCGACCCAGCCAGAGCCCAGAGGGAGAAUCUGCCCCCUGCAGCCCAGACAGGAGUGCAGCUGAAUCUCAGGGACAACACUGAAGAUCUGAAGGCAGCUGCUCACUUGCCCCCUCUGCAGGAACCAAAGGAGAGCCCUGUCACCCCUAAAUCUGCGGUCAGCCCGAAGGACUCCAGCUAUCAGCCGAAUCUCAGCCACGGCAGCCGGCCCCUGGUCACCGACAAACCCGGCCCCCUGGACCCGGGGGGCCGACACCACGUCCCGCUGCCCGUCACCGCCAGGCUCCGCCCCCAGGACUCUCAGGAGCAGCAGAAUGACAAAGGUGCGGCGAGGGGUUUCCGGCUGGUGGCAGCUUCUCGGCGGGCAGGGCCGGAAGGGGCGGGGCCUGACUGCGGAGGGAAUCAAGGUGUGGCUCGUGGACGUGUGGCUCAGCUCAUGAAGAACUUCAACGCGCCUAGCAACAAGCUGGCCACGCCCCACUCCAAACCCCCCGUGCCAAGCAAACCUGCCCACCUGCAAAUGCUCCCCUCCCCCUCACUCAGGUAAUGCCCAGGACAGGGCGUACCUGCCGAGACUUAAACCCCCCCCUGCCCCCCCACCCCCACCCUGUCGCUUCGCCCCCACCACUCACUGGACAUCUCCAGCUGGCUCAGGACACCCGAAGGGGGGGAGAGGGGGUUGGCAGGUGGUGGGUUGAGGGUUGAGGCUCGAUGUACUACCACUGUUAACUUAUUUAAUACUCUUCUUGCUUAAGUUUUUAAAACAAUACUUAAAUAUCAAAAUCUUUUUUGUUGCUGUUUUUCAUUUGGUCUUUUUUUUACUUGCUGUACCUACAUACGUAAAUUCUGUAUUACAUUGUGCAUUUGGAUGUUUUAAGUACUGUACACUGCUCUCAGAGAGAGACAGUUUUUUUCUGUACAUCCAAAGCACUAAAUUAAUUAUGCAUUUGAAUUUCAUUGAUUAUACCUGGUUUCAUAUUCAUGUGGCUUUGUCCCUGUGAACAUUUUUGUGAAAGCUGAAAGGCUAAGUGUUUCGGUGAAACCCCGGCUACGUUUGAUUGAAAAGUGAAAGCUUUCUAGCCGACCAGGAUGUAGCCAGGCUAUAUUUGGGUAAAACUAGAGCUAUAUCAGGGUUAACCUAGUCCGUUUAUGUCAAACGUCAUCAACCUAGAUUUCCACCCCUUUAGCUUUCGCUCACUUGAAUGUCCACAAGAAGAGUAUCCUUUUUAAAAAAUGAUUGCAAGAAUAUGCGUGAUAUUUUCUCUCAUGAGAAACAUGAGACGUAUGUUCAGAGCUUCUGUGCACCGUUGCUGUUUACUGAACUUCAGGAGUCAAUCUGGGGCAGGGCCGCCCCGCCCCGCUCCUGGAGAUCUACCGUCCUGUAGGUUUUCGCUUCAGCACCAACAAACCACACAUCAUUCAACAGCUAGAGGUUCCAUAGAGCUGUUAAAUAUAGAAUCAGGUGUGCCAAAUUAGGGUUGAAGUGAAAAACAUACAGGAAGAUCUCCAGGAACAGGGUAGGGCAGCCCUGAUCUGGAGGCUGUAUUUCUGUGUUUUGCUGUAGGAACCAGGAACUGACAGUCAUGCUGUAUGUGUUUGGGAGAUGUAGGCAAAAAAAAAAAAAUGUUGUCGCUAUGCUAAGAAUGAAAGAAAUGCUGUUAGAGAGGGAUUGUUUUGCGAUGCUUGAAAGGCCAUGCAGGUAUUUCACAACCAGUUUAUCCCCCAAACAUGGCGACUCCAAACGCCGCGGUUGCUGAUGUGCGUGUCGAGCGCCCGUCUGCUUGCCUUCCUUCAUGCUCUAGUGGGAGGCGACGGUUACGCGGCGGUGGAUGCCGCAUUGUUACCGGGUCGCAUCCGUUUGUGGGUUUUUCGUCGCGAUUGGACAUUCGAAAUAACACCGCAUGCCAAUGAUUAUGAAUGAAGUUUACUAGCAACGACACUGUUGCGCGUUCUCUCGAUGCCGAGGCUAGCCUUUUUUUUUUCGCUGAACCGGUUUACUCAAGUACACUUUCUCUAUGCGAGAGAAUUCAGCUCGGGCUGGCCACGAUUACCACAGGGGGUCCUUAUUUAUGGGGGAGUGCAUUAUUGGCAUAACGACCUCAUACAGCCAUUCCAGUACCUUGACUGCACCCGCCUCCCUUCUGAGUCUCAAGUAGAACAAUGGGGCUGUCCAAGCAGCACUGGUUCUGUGGCAAGUGAGCAGAUAAGAGUAAAUUACCUGUGAUACUCCAGACUCUUUUUCUGUCCGUUCGCGUGCAGAACAACGAGCCGGAGAUUGCGGAACUGAGGGGCGGAACAAAAAAAUAGUUCUGUUUAGAAAACAGUGUAAAUUCACUGACCCAGACAGGGUCAGGAGGCUAAUGGAACACUUUCCUUACCCACAACUCGGCAACGGCGCAUGAAUUUCCUGUUCCUGUCACAUGACUGUAGAAAGCUGACUCCUUCUGUCACGUGACCUUUUGCUUUUCAGGCCCGAGUGGUUCCAACUCUUGUUGACUGGGUUAUCCCUGAAAAAAAAUGACUCACUUCGACAGUGUUUAUGUUUUGUGUUUUACCUUUUCUGUGUUACUGUUUUUGUUAACUAUUAUUCAAAUGAUGUUUUAUGGCACAAUGCUUGUUUUUCACAGUUGUACAGCCUGUUUGAAUUGCUUAUUUUUUCACAGUCGUAAAGCGUGCUUGGAGGGGAUCGGUGUCUUGUGGGUUUUUGUACUCUCACAUCACAACCCAGAGUGCUGUCAGUACAAUAAAGAACUCGAUCCUCCAAA